AUGCGGAAGCAGCGGAACCAUCACCACCCGAGGCAGGUGGGGGCCCGCUGCUUCCGCACUGGAACCAUCACCACACGAGGCAGGCGGGGCCCGGUGCGGAAGCAGCGAACCAUCACCGGCCAAGACAGGCGGGGGCCAGUGCGGGAGUGGAGCCACCACCCGGCGAGGCAGGCGGGGCCCGGGAAAGCAGCGGACCCAUCACCGGCCGAGGCAGGCGGGGCCCGGUGCGGAAGCAGCGGACCCAUCACCACGAGGCAGGCGGGGGCCCCGGUGCGGAAGCAGCGGAACCAUCACCGGCCGAGGCAGGCGGGGCCCGGUGCGGAAGCAGCGGACCCAUCACCACACGAGGCAGGCGGGGGCCCCGGUGCGGAAGCAGCGGACCCAUCACCGGCCGAGGCAGGCGGGGGCCCCGGUGCGGAAGCAGCGGAACCAUCACCACACGAGGCAGGCGGGGGCCCCGGUGCGGAAGCAGCGGAACCAUCAUCGGCCGAGGCCGGCGGGGGCCAGUGCGGAAGCAGCGGACCCAUCACCCGCCGAGGCAGGCGGGGGCCCGGUGCGAAGCAGCGGAACCAUCACCACGACGAGGCAGGCGGGGCCCGGUGUGGAAGCAGCGGAACCAUCAUCGGCCGAGGCCGCGGGGGCCCAGUGCGGAAGCAGCGGACCCAUCACCGGCCGAGGCAGCGGGGCCCCGGUGUGGAAGCAGCGGAACCAUCACCACGAGGCAGGCGGGGCCCGGUGUGGAAGCAGCGGAACCAUCAUCGGCCGAGGCAGGGGGCCCAGUGCGGAAGCAGCGGACCCAUCACCACACGAGGCAGGCGGGGCCCGGUGCGGAAGCAGCGGACCCAUCACCGGCCAAGGCAGGUGGGGGCCCGGUGCGGAAGCAGCGGACCCAUCACCGGCCAAGGCAGGCGGGGGCCCCGUGCGGAAGCAGCGGACCCAUCACCACACGAGGCAGGCGGGGGCCCCGGUGUGGAAGCAGCGGAACCAUCAUCGGCCGAGGCCGGCGGGGGCCCAGUGCGGAAGCAGCGGACCCAUCACCACACGGGCAGGCAGGCGGGGGCCCCGGUGUGGAAGCAGCGGACCCAUCACCGGCCGAGGCAGGUGGGGGCCCCGGUGCGGAAGCAGCGGACCCAUCACCGGCCGAGGCAGGUGGGGCCCGGUGCGGAAGCAGCGGACCCAUCACGCCAAGGCAGGCGGGGGCCCCGGUGUGGAAGCAGCGGAGCCAUCACCGGCCGAGGCAGGUGGGGGCCCCGGUGCGGAAGCAGCGGACCCAUCACCACCGAGGCAGGCGGGGGCCCCGGUGUGGAAGCAGCGGAACCAUCACCGGCCGAGGCCGGUGGGGCCCAGUGCGGAAGCAGCGGACCCAUCACCACGCGAGGCAGGUGGGGCCCCGUGUGGAAGCAGCGGACCCAUCACACACGAGGCAGGUGGGGGCCCGGUGUGGAAGCAGCGGACCCAUCACCACCGAGGCAGGUGGGGGCCCCGGUGCGGAAGCAGCGGACCCAUCACCGGCCGAGGCAGGCGGGGGCCCCGGUGUGGAAGCAGCGGAACCAUCACCGCCGAGGCAGGUGGGGGCCCGGUGCGGAAGCAGCGGACCCAUCACCACGAGGCCGGCGGGGGCCCAGUGCGGAAGCAGCGGACCCAUCACCACACGAGGCAGGCGGGGGCCCCGGUGUGGAAGCAGCGGAACCAUCAUCGGCCGACGGCGGGGCCCAGUGCGGAAGCAGCAGACCCAUCACCACGAGGCAGGCGGGGCCUGGUGUGGAAGCAGCGGAACCAUCAUCGGCCGAGGCAGGUGGGGGCCCCAGUGCGGAAGCAGCGGACCCAUCACCGCCGAGGCAGGUGGGGCCCGGUGCGGAAGCAGCGGACCCAUCACCACGAGGCAGGCGGGGGCCGGUGUGGAAGCAGCGGAACCAUCAUCGGCCGAGGCAGGCGGGGCCCAGUGCGGAAGCAGCGGACCCAUCACCACACGAGGCAGGCGGGGCCGGUGCGGAAGCAGCGGACCCAUCACCACAGAGGCAGGGGGCCCGGUGUGGAAGCAGCGGACCCAUCACCGGCCGAGGCCGGCGGGGCCCGGUGCGGAAGCAGCGGACCCAUCACCACACAAGGCAGGCGGGGGCCCCGGUGUGA